UAUUGCUGCUGACACAGGGGGAGUGGAGCAGACCUGAUCUCUCGGACACUGUUACUCCGCUUAGGAACCACACAGAGCCACACAAUGAAGCUUUGGAUGCGAGUCUGCGUAAUAUCGCUAGGGUUCGGAACUAUUUUCUUGUGGAUGGGGAUGAUCAGGAGGCCGACACACCAAGAGGCAGAUUCUAUACAGAGCGCAGACCAUGAGAAGACAGCGAGAAGGCCUUUCGUCACCUUCGACAUCUUCAUUCACGCCCAGCAUCUGAGGAAAAAGAAGCUGAGAGAUUUUUGUGGCAAGUUCCCUGAAUUCACCUCUGUGAAUGCGUCUGAAGGAGGGGAACAUCUCCUGUCCAGCCUGACUGUGAGCCCAAAACUGUUGAUGGUCCAUUGUAAGUCACCCGGGGGUGCCUUCGACCAAUGGGAGGAGCUGAUACAAGCGAUGGAGAAAGGUUCUGAUGCGGGCACAUGGGGGGCACUUCCCGAAGACCACCAACCUGGAACGCUUCACAAUAAACUCCGUGACUACAACCUGUCCACCAUGGAACACGUCCUUCGUACCUACACGAAGGUCCUCUUUGUUAGGGAUCCGUUUGAAAGGCUCGUUUCGAUGUACAUGCAAGACCAUGCUGGUGAAAUCACCUUCGAUGAGUUCAUCGAGGUCAUUCUGGCCAUGGAGACGAGCGAGGGCGGUGACGGUGUCUCAGCCAGUUCCAUGAUAAGUUUGUGCCACCCUUGUUUCAUCAGAUACGACUAUAUAGUGAUGUAUGAUUUCUUAGAGGCUGAACUGUAUCACCUCAUCAAUAGAAUAUUCUCCCGGCAGGUCAUUCUGCUGCCAUCGCCUAAAGACUCCAAGCCGAAAUCGCCGCCCAAGUGGCUGAUUGAGAACCUGUUCCGGGGACUCAGCGGGCAGCAAAGAAACCAGCUUUCCGAAAUAUACUCCCAGGAUUUUGCGGCCUUCCCAUUACACGGCAGCUUGCUCUGGAAUCACACGGAAUAAGCCCCAUCAAAGGCUGCUCUCAGUGCAAUAAGGAGUAUUUAUUUUAUGGAACAAAGAGUUUUUGGGUUUUGGUUUUUUUUAAACAAAUAUUUUCUUUUUGUCAGACUGAAUUCAGCAAGUUGCUGUGGAAUCUAUCGUAUAGCAUUUUUCUAGGGUGAAAUUCUAAACGUAACGGGGUUGAUUCUGAGUAGGAGGGAUCUCUGUACAUGGACGCAUAUGGCAAGUUUUUGCAUACGGCGCAAAUUUACGCAUUUUGUGUCUCUCCGUUCUAUUCUAACUCGGGCGGAUAUUUGCUGGAUGUCUUACCGUGAAGAGGGCAUUUUAUGGCGGGAACUGGGUGGCGACAAUGCAAUUGCACGGAGCUAGUUUGUCGUGUGGAAGUGUCUGAGAGGUUCAUAUCCCAUUGGCUUUCUUGCCAAAUUAUUAGGAUAUAGGGGGUCAUUCCGACCCGAUCGUACGCUACAGGUUUUUGCAGCCGUGCGAUCGGGUCCGGAAUGCGCAUGUGCUGUGGCCGCAAUGCGCAGGUGCUUUGCUGACCGGCGACGGAGAACGCUAGGCUGCGAAUGUUCUAACGAAGAUUUCAAUAAAAGCUGCGAUCGCAAGGUGACUGAUAGCAGGAAGGCGUUCCGGGGUGUCAACUGACCGUUUUCUGGGAGUGGAGAGGAAAACGCAGGCGUGUCCAGGCGUUUGCAGGGCGGGUGUCUGACGUCAAUUUCCAGGACAGGACAGGCUGAAGUGAUCGCAGCAGCUGAGUAAGUUCAGAGCUACUCAGAAACUGCACAAACUGUUUUUCUACAGCUCCCUGCACAAGCGUUCGCACACUUGCACAGCGAAAAUACACUCCCCCACAGGCGGUGACUAUCUGAUCGCACAGGCUGCAAAAAGUUGCAGCGUGCGAUCAACUCGGAAUGACCCCCCAUAGGCUCCAAUAAUCCAUCAAGUCAUAUCUGGAACCUUUAUCUUUGGACUGUUCAGGACCGUCUUUUGUUUUGAGUUACAGCAACGGCCGGCCAUUUAAUUCUAUAUCAAUACAAUUUUGCCCUGUUAUACUGUGUGUUUACAUUAUCCUUUUCUCCCCAUAGAUCCUGUUUUACAUGAUCCUGUGAGUAGAAUAUAUAUUCCAUCCUAGAAUCCAUCUUCUCUAUAGACAUUUAUGGAUCUUAGGGGGAGAUGUAUGAAAACUUUGGAGAGAGAUAAAGUCUAGAGAUAAAUUACCAACCAAUCAGCUGACACUUUCAAACACAGCCUGCAAACUGACUAUGACAAGCUGAUUGAUUAGUACUUUACCUCUCUCCACUUUAUUUCUCUUUAAUGUUUGAUACACCUCCCCCUGGAUUUGGUGUUUUCCUUAGAGCACCCCUUCAGCAGCCAUUUUGUCAGGUGCCGGGUCGCUGUUUGACCUCAGACACAUUAGUGCCUUUUGAAGUUAGAUAUUGCUGGUCAGUAAACCUUGACAAUUUGUUUUGCCAUUUUAUCAUUUUCCUGUUGUCCAUAGAUUGUUUUUAAAUAAAUAAUACAUUUUUACAUUU